UCACUGGGUUGUUGUAGUUUGGAGGAGCUGCAGGACAUGAGUGGAGCUGCUGUCCUCUAACUACAAUAAAACAACAUGGUCAGGCCAAACUAACCCCCUGACCUGCGCUGUAGGAGACCCGAGACUCUCGCCGCGAUGCUUGACUGGGCCGAGGAGUGAAGCGCAUUCCUGGAGGAGUCGAGGGCGAUCUUGAGCUCAGGAGAAACCGGCCCGCUCACGCCGUGCCCGCCAAGAUGGCCUCCAGUUUCACUUACCAUUACCGGAACAACGUGGGACAGCGAUGUGUGUUGCCAUGGUGAUCAUUUACAAGAAAACACUGGAAAAAAAGGGCGCUGACGAUGUAACAUCCAAACGCAGGGAUUUGGGCCCGUUCAAGGCACAGACCAUGAGCCAGGCGACUGCACUUUUCUCUUGUGGACUCAUGGAGACGAGCCGGUGGCGUGAGGUGGGCCACAGCUGUGCCGUGCAGCAGCGGCCGGUCGGGACCAGCCUGGAGAGCCUGUGGGACGUCCUGCCGGAGGUGCAGCGGAGCUCCGCCCACUGGGACUGGGACGUGGGCUCCACCUCCAGCACGAUCACCAGCUUGUUGCAGGACCUGAGCCUGACCGAGUCGGCGUCCUCGCACUCCACCGCCCCCCCCAGCAAGCGACAGUGCCGGUCCCUGUCCUGCUCGGACGAACUGGGCGGCUGCCGCUCCGCCUGGCGCCCGCAGGGCUCGCGCGUGUGGACGGCCGUGGAGAAGAGGCGGUGCCACAGCGGCGGCAGCGUCCAGCGCGGCAGCGUCGCAAACGCGCAGCUGGGCUUCCCGGCCAUGCAGCGCAGCUCCAGCUUCAGCCUGCCGGCGCGCUCCAACGCCCCGGAGCCGCCCGGCGUCGCCCAGCGGCUCCCCUGGCCCCCCGCCUUCGCCGGCCUCACGCCCUCCUCGUCCAUGCCCCUGUCCUGCGAGCCGUCGCCGCAGCCCCUCUACCUCUCCCACGAACAGAUCUGCCUGGCCGAGCCCCGCGGGCCGUCGCCGCACAGCUCCCCCGACUCCACCCCGGAGCUGGAGCGCCGCGGCGGACAGGGGGGGCUCGCCCGCAGCCGCUCGCAGCCCUGCGUCCUCAACGACAAGAAGAUCGGUGUGAAACGCAGGAGGCCGGCAGACACACACAAACAGAGGCCUUCACUGGACCUGGCAAAAAUGACCCAGAAACUUCGAAAUUUCCACAGCCUGAGCUGCCCGGGAAUCACAGGUGAAGACGGCUGCGAGUCGAGCCAGGCCCUCCCCCUCCCCCUCCCCCUCCCCAUCCCCGCCCUGAGGAGCGCCGGCCUGGAGGACGCUCAGCCCCGGACCAAAGACGACGUGAUCGGCGGCGGCGGACCCACGGACUGGAUCUCCACGGACUCUGGCGACGUGACCCCGGGCACCACCCACGGGAAGGACGGCGAGCCCCUGUGGGCGGGGCUGUGCAGCAUGAGGAAGGACGUGUACCAGCUCGGCGGCGAGCUGGACAUCGAGCAGAUCGAGAGAAACUGAGCCUCCCUCCCCGGCGGCACAACAAACAGUACUGAUAGUCUUAAGGACGAGAACUGAUGCAGUAAGCGUUCCUGCUCCUUUUCGUCUUUUAGUUUUUUUGGUUUUUUUUCGCCAUCAGAGAGACUGAACAGGAGCUUUGUGUGCUAAACACCCAUUUUUUGGAGACUGUGCACAGUCAGAAGCUUCCCCUCACUGUGCAGUCACUCAACUGUGUCUCAGGACAACAAGAAAAGACGGAUUUGGGUGAAAACAACUUGAUGAAUUUAAAAAAAAAAAAGAUAUAUUAAUGUCGACUCAGAGACUGGGGUUUUUAACUUUUCUCUGUAACCCUGAUUAACCUACUUGUACUAUGUUUGGAGAGAAUUCACAGCAGGCUUGUAUAAAUUCUCUGCACUAGAAGGAGUGUCUUUUCCUCUGACGUUCUUCGGUAGUACGUGGGUCCAUGACGGAGGGAAACGGGGGGACGGCUUCAAGAACUACUGUCUGGAGAGCUACUUUCACCUUUACUGAGCAACGAGCUGUACGCACACGACGUCUUUUAGGCAUCCCGAAGAGCGUAACAUUUCACUCGGCGGCAUCCGGCUCGUCUCGGAUAUCUGUGCUCCUGUACGCGGGGAAAGAAACUCUGUGAUGCUAAUAGCGUUAAUAUUCUUUCUUUUUACGAUUUGUAACUUCAAAGUUAUGUAAAACAUGAGCAUAUUUCUAUACAAAUAAACACUUUUAAAUGUG